AUGAUCUCAGACACGGACGGAGCCUUCAGCCAAGAAGUCCUUCGCCUUCGCGAGGAGUACCAACGCCGGCGCCAGGCAUCCAAUCUCUGCCCUCCCGCGGGCCAACCCGUCCUUGACAUGGAACUUACCCACGGCGAGACGCCAACCACGAGCAUCUGGUACGAAGACGGUACCCCGCUCGGUCGCUACGUUCGGCUCUUCGACCUCCCUGGCACCCUCUCCGGCGACAUCCUCCGCCUCAACCGCGACCUCCCUUCCCUGCCCGGCCACUUCGAAAUCGAAGGCGACGUCAUCCGGCCCCUGGAAAUCUGUCCCAACCACCCUGACCCCCGUGAAGACGACUUGGAAGACACCACCGACCUGAUCAGCCUGCUCCCUGUGAUUGACGUCGACGCCUCCAACCACUUUGUGAAGAAACCCAAAUACCGCUCCGAAAUCACCAACCUCCUCCGCCUCCAAGGCGGCUCAUGCCCCGGCACCCGCUGCUCCCCGCACCUCAUCCACCUCCUCGGCGCUUCCGCGACUGGCGACCUCGUCUUCGAAAAGCUCGCCACCCGCGGCCCUACCCUCGGGCGCGUCUCAACCCUGGCCACGUACAAGCGCUGGCUGCUGCAUCUGCUCGACGGCUUGGCCGCGAUGCACGCCGCGGGCAUCGUGCACCGCGACCUGCGCGUCGACAACCUGCUCUUUGGGGAGGGCGGGGAGAGGCUGGUCGUGUGUGAUCUGGAGGGGCGAUGGGGACAGAGGGUCGCGCCCGAGGUCGCGUGGGAGGGGAGUCCGGAGGGUUCGGGGUGGAGUGAGCGAUCGGAUGUGUAUGAUGUGGGCGUGUGCAUCAAGGGCAUGGUGUAUGCGAAUGCGCCCAUCACCCCACAGGUGGAGUGGCCCGUUCCGGAGCCGCUGCGCCAAGUGGUGGAGGCGUGCAUGCAGGAGUCACCGGCGGCAAGGCCAACAGUGGGGGAGCUGAGAGAGAUGGUGGAGGCGAUCGAGGUUGCCUGA